AUGCCCGUGCGAGGCGCUGUGUGUCACCCUUGGGUGCUGUGCCAGGGUGCGUACGAGCGUGACCCGGCGUGCAACACCCAGGGGACCAGCGCCAAUGAGGGGCCUCACUGCUCCCCUCCACUACCCCCAGGCACCAAGACCUGCCGCGGCUUCGGCUAUGUCACCUUCUCCCUGCCUGAGGAUGCCCAGCGAGCUCUGCAGGAGGCCACCACCCUCGGUGGCCGCCAGCUCAGUGUGACACUAGCCCGGCAGAGGCCCAGGGAGGGGAGGAAGAAGCCGCAGCGGGAGAAGGAGAAGGAGGAGGAGGCGGCAGCUGCAGGUGCCCCCAAGGCCGCCACCGCAGCCCCCCCGAGACCGAAGAAGCCUAGAGCCGCUUCCAGGAAGGCCCGGCUGAUCGUCCGCAACCUCAGCUUCAAGUGCUCCGAGGACGACCUGAGAUCUCUCUUCUCGCCCUUCGGCACUGUGCUGGAGGUGAAUAUCCCCAGGAAGCCAGAUGGGAAGAUGCGGGGAUUCGCCUUUGUGCAGUUGAGGAACAUGCUGGAAGCGACCAAGGCGCUCCGGGGGAUGAACAUGAAAGAGAUCAAAGGGCGGCCCGUGGCAGUGGACUGGGCCGUGGCCAAGGACAAAUACCAGGCGACGCAGGGCAGCCAGCCCGACGAAAUCGAGGAGGAGAAACCUGGGGAGGCUGAAGAGCAGAGUCCGGGUGAUGCUGAGGAGGAGGAGGAAGAGGAGAAGGAGGAAAAAGAAAGCAAGUCCUCCUCAUCUCAGGCACGAGGCCGGUCUGGGAAGGGGACGGCAGUCGCAGACAGCAGCGAGGAGGAGGAAGAUGGGGAAGAAUAUGAUGACAAAGGAGGCAGCGAGGAUGAUAGCGAGCUGGAGGAGGGCUCGGAGGAGGAAGAGGAGGAGGAAGGGGGGGACGCACCCAAGAAGCAACAGGGGAAGGGGCGGCAGCCCCCCUCAGAUGUGGGCGAGGGCAGGACCGUCUUCAUCCGGAACCUCUCCUUCGAUACGGAGGAGGAGGCGCUGGGGGAGAUGCUGCAGCAAUUUGGGGACCUCAAGUAUGUCCGCGUCGUCCUGCACCCCGACACAGAGCACUCCAAAGGCUGUGCCUUUGCUCAGUUCCUGACACAAGAAGCCGCCCAGAAAUGCCUCCAGGCUGCCCAGGAGGAGAGUGAGGGCGGGGGUCUGCGGCUGGAUGGGCGGCUGCUCCGCAUCGACCCAGCCGUGAGCCGCGAGGAGGCCCACAAACUCCGUGGGCAGAAGGCAAAGAAGCCAACGGGCACCCGAAACCUUUACCUGGCCCGUGAAGGCUUGAUCCGGGCCGGGACGAAGGCUGCGGAGGGCGUGAGCGACGCUGACAUGGCCAAGCGGGCGCGGUUUGAGGAACUCAAGUACCAGAAGCUGCGGGACCAGAACAUUUUUGUGUCCCGUACCCGGCUCUGCAUCCACAACCUGCCCAAGGCCGUGGACAGUGCCCGGCUCCGGCGUCUGCUGCUACAGGUGGCUGGCGGGGGCAAGGCCAUGCGCAUCAAGGAGUGCCGGGUGAUGCGGGAGCUGCGAGGGAAGGGGCAGUCCCUGGGCUACGCCUUCGUGGAGUUUGGGGAGCACGAACAGGCGCUGGCCGCCCUGCGGAGCAUCAACAACAAUCCUCGUCUCUUCGGGGCUCAGAAGAGGCCCAUCGUGGAGUUCUCACUGGAGGAUCGGCGGAAGCUGAAGCUGAAGGAACAGCGAGCCCAGCGCAGCCUGCUCAAGCUGAAACCGAAGCCAGCGGAGAAGGAGCCGGCUGCUGCCGGGGCAGCUGAGCCAGCGGGACCCCCUAAGAAGCAUCAGGGAAGGAAAAAACCCCUUUCCAAGGGGUCUGAGGGCUCCCACGGCUCUGGGGGACCACCAGCGGGGGGGCAGGAGGCUGCCCCGGCUCCCCCGGGACACCCGGCUCCCACCAUGCCCUGGUCCGGUUUCCGCACGGAGGCGCAGGUGGAGCGUGUGGAGCUGCCGGAUGGCACUACGAGGAAGAAGGUGCUAGCGCUGCCCUCGCACCGCGGGCCCAAGAUCAGGAAGCGCGACAAGGGGAAGGUGAAGCCCCUCCCCAAGCAGCCCAAGGCCAAAGUCCAGCGACGGAAGGAGAAGCGCAAGGUGGCCCCCACCCAGGCACGGCGGCGGGAGGGCGGGGGGGCCGAGGCCCGGUUCAGUGAGCUGGUGGAGCGGUACAAGAGGAAGAUCCUGGGCAGCGACCCCCCCGCACCCAAGAGGAGCAAGUGGUUCGAGAGCUGA